CUGUCUCACCCUUGACACGCACACAGCCGAAACUUGAAGAGGUCCGUAAUCCCCUAACUAAAGCUCAUUUAUUUUACUCACUGAAACCUCACAGUCACAGACGCCGGAGAUAACCGCCGAUCAAACCAUAGGAAGAAGAUGGGGACCCUUGGCAGAGCCAUAUACACCGUCGGAUUCUGGAUUCGCGAGACCGGUCAGGCCCUUGAUCGCCUUGGUUGCCGCCUCCAAGGCAACUACUACUUCCAGGAGCAGCUGUCAAGACAUCGAACUCUCAUGAACAUAUUUGACAAAGCCCCUGCGGUUGAUAAGGAUGCAUUUGUAGCCCCCAGUGCCUCUAUCAUUGGGGAUGUUCAAGUUGGAAGGGGGUCAUCUAUUUGGUACGGUUGUGUUUUGAGAGGUGAUGUGAACAGCAUUAGCGUUGGAGCUGGAACUAAUAUACAAGACAAUUCCCUUGUGCAUGUGGCAAAAUCUAAUCUAAAUGGGAAAGUGCUACCAACUAUAAUUGGAGACAAUGUUACUAUAGGACAUAGUGCCGUUUUACAUGGCUGUAUUGUUGAGGAUGAAGCUUUUGUUGGCAUGGGAGCAAUGCUUCUUGAUGGUGUUGUUGUCGAGAAACAUGGCAUGGUUGCUGCUGGAGCCCUUGUGAGACAAAACGCUAGGAUUCCUGCAGGAGAGGUGUGGGGAGGCAAUCCAGCAAAGUUUCUGAGAAAGCUAACUGAUGAAGAGAUUGCCUUUAUUUCACAGUCAGCCACCAAUUAUUCCAAUCUUGCACAGGUUCAUGCUGCUGAGAAUGCUAAGCCUUUUGAUGAAAUUGAGUUUGAGAAGGUACUUCGCAAGAAAUUUGCCCGUCGCGAUGAAGAGUAUGACUCAAUGCUGGGUGUGGUUCGGGAAACUCCUCCUGAGCUUAUACUUCCAGAUAAUGUCCUACCAGAUAAAGCACCCAGGGCAAAAUGAGGUUUUUCAAGAGAAAUGCAGUCCAUGCUUCUGAUAUUGAAUUAUUUGAGGGAUGGUGCAACUAACUAGCUAACGUUGGCAGUCAAAAGUAAUUAUUGCGUGAUUCACGUGUGAAUAUGCAUGGAGGACAAUAGUGUUGCUGCAGAUUUGCGAUUGUUUCUGCCGUUACAGGAACCCUUUUGGACAUCACCUGAUCAACUAUUAAAACUUUAUAUACAUUAUGCAUGUGUUGAUGGUCUGCUAUCCUUAAGAUAUGUGUAUUUUGCUGUAACAAAGAAAUGAAAGAUGAAUCAAGGGAGAAUUGUUGAA